CUACUGGGCUGGCUUCUUGACUGCUUGUCUGGUAUGAUCUAGUGCUUCUCUGGAAUAACCUCACUGGGACGAGAUUGCCACCUACCUUCGUUGGGUUAUCGCAUAUCGCCGCUGUUCAACGCCUGUAGUGGUUGCACAGAUCUGUCUCUCUCUUGCUCCCCAAUGCUAUCAUGCUCGCUACUCCACCUCUGCUGUUCACAUCCUGCCCAUACAGAUACAGAUGGCUGCUACAGUUCUCGGAUGCAUGCAGUGUGUCGUGACCCUCUCCAUUACACCUGUCCAAGGAUUGCUGUAUAUGCACAUUGCCUGUCUGUCUUUCUGACGUAUCUGUGUUCUUUCCUUGUUACUUGCACUCCAGAUAUCGGGUCUGGGCGGAAAUUUUGGCCUCGCUGCCGCACUCGGGACCUCUGGGGGUUGCUUUUAGGAAGUCUGUUCUUCAUCACGAACCCGCUGCUGUAACAUGAUUCCCUCUACUAUCUGCCGCAACCGGAUACACCGCGUCCAACGCACGGAUAAAUUGCAGUCAUUCGUUACCAUCGCUUCCCGUGCAUCCGCUAUGUCGCCUCUUCCCCUUCAUCAUCGGUACCUUUCCUCUGAAGCGUCCGUCUUCACUACGCUUCUCCCUACCGGAGUUCUCGCCAGGGGCUCUCGUCAUUCGGACACUGAGCCGACAACCACUGUCGUGGUCACCAUCACUGCGACACAACAGUCCACUCUGCCUGGACCCAUACCCGGAACCACCUAUCCUGUCGACGCAAGUUGUAACGCAAUCCCUUCGUCUUCUACUGAGUCUCCCAUCGCCCGAUGUGCCAUGUUAGAAUCAUACCCGUCUCCCACCUCGAUCUCAGAGAAUGGGACAUCUGGCAAUGCGGAUUUCAAAACUGGGCUGGCUGCUGGCGCCGUCAUCGGCGUCCUCAGCAUUAUAGUUGCUACCAUGCUAUAUGUCUUCUACCGGAGACACAAACAAGUCCAGGAAGUGCUGAACCCCCGCAGCCACAACGUUAGAGCGACUCGAUUCAGCAUGGAGCCCCGCUCACGAAUCACUCCCUAUGACUUGGAGAUGAUCACCGAAGCAAACCUGUCAAGAAAACCAGGUGUAGUCCCGGAGGGAGGCCAGUUCCUGUGGUCGUCUGUCCUGGGGAGGUCUGAUGGUCCUCAGCGCGACCCGGACGACUCUAUUAUCCUCCCUCCCAGCUAUUCCGACGUCGAACAGGAAGUCCUACUUCAGGCUCCACAGCCAGUAUUGAGAAAAGCGGCGUCGGCCUUGGACCUUAGUGGCAGGCGCAGGCGCAGUCGCAGUCGCAAUUCGAGAACCGACAGGAGAGCUACGAUAUGCUAACUGGGGUCGAUGAGGACGGUCAUUUGUCGACGCAAAGCGGCAGCGCUAUUGCACGUGGCGUCAACUACUAUUUACUAGAUCCCAUUUUCCUGUAGAUCAGGAUGCCAUACUCAACGCCGUAUAAUCCUGGCCCUUCGCAGCCUCAAAUUGUCUUUGGAGUCAUCUGCGUUCCUCACAUCACUGUAUCCAUAAUACUCAUUCGCGUACGCUCACUACUCCUUCAUAUCGAGGAGGCCCCGAUUAGGCAAGGCCUUAAGGACUGAGACGUAGGCUGCAG